AUGGAUAACUCUUCGACGCCGCUCGCCGACUACUUCUGGAUUGCCGGAAUAGAGAAUAUCUCGUAUGACGAUGGCUUAAGCUCCUACGAUAAUGCCGCCUCUCAGCUGGACGACACCAUCGUCGAAGAUCGGGAAGGAGAAGCGGCCGAUGCCUCGGUAGCGUCUCCGCCACGUGCCACGGCCCGCCAUUCUCGCCAAAACUCCGCUAAUCGCUUCUCCGCAAUAUCCAAGAUCUCGGUGUCCAGCGGCGAGAGCCGGGUUCUGGAUGAUGUUGAUGGCAACACCAGAAGCAACCGCAGCAGUGCCACUAUCCGGCCUAUACCUCCGCCCAAUUUCGGCAACGGCGGGACCAAUGGUAUCAACGGUACCAAUGGAACCAAUUCCAUUGUUGGUGGGGAGGGCAUUGGCUUCGACGGUCUUCCUGCAGAUUUCGACUUUGACAAGGCCCUUCUCAAGUUCGCGGCCGAGCGAGAGAAUUUCCUGGACGACUUGACCUUCAGCGCCGGCGCAAAGAUCCAGUCGAGACCCCCAAUGGUCAAUCCGAGGACCGAAAAGUUGAAAGUCGAAGAUGCUGAUCAGAGCGGGUUGAUGAGCCCUCUUAAGAGCAUUCGUGGCAGCAUCCGUCGCAAGAUGAGCUUUAGGGAUAUGAGCAGUGCGAGGAAGCAGCCAAUGCCUCCCAGAGCAGCUUCCGUCCGCACGGCGAAACGUCUGAGCAACUACAACUCGGUGAUCCCACCCCCAGAGCCGUUGAAUACCGACCCUGAUAUGCAUCCGCUCAAGAGGCGGUUCGAGCCCGUAUUACUCGACAGGUAUCCCCAGCGGGACGCCUCGGCCGAAGAGCUGGCCAGGAGGGGCAAAUUUCCAGACUACGUUCCCAUGUUCGCUUUCCCCAACGACAUCCAGAUCGUGUCGUCGGAUGACCGCCCUCGCACCACCUGGCAUGGGUUUACCAUGACCUCGGACGAUAAUUCCAAGAUCUACGGCAUCACCGUGAUUGUUUGGACUGCGCUAAACGCCGAAGUGGCCGACGAGGUUGAGAAGCGUUGCGAAAGGUGGCGGCAGCGACACAUGAGCAACGAGGAAAGGGAGCUCGCUGCGAGUUUGGGCGGCCGCCUUGCGGCGGAGCGAGCUCAUCUGUCUCAGCUGCUGGCGAGACUGCCGACGGUGCCCUCUGGGACGACUGCCCGAGAGUCUCUGGACGAGCAAAUCAGUGCUGUGGAGGAGAAAAUUGCACUCAUGACAGAGAUGUUGCGGCCUCUCAGACAUGGCGCGGCGUCCAAGAUUGAUGGCUUAACGGCCGGUGAGACGGGUCUCUGGACCCCCCGAGCCUUUGGAAUACUUGGUAGAGACGCCUCCAAGAUGGCCUUUUGGAAGGAGUGGCUCAGGGCGGUUGUAGUGCCCAUGACGGACGGAGCUGUGUUGCGGAUUCCUCCAAGCUCCCCCAAAGUAGGGCGAUGGCAACCCUUGGAGCGCUACGUCAUCAACCUAUGCACAGAGGCUUUCAGCCCUUUGAGCUCUUUAACCCAGGUUGAGCUGGGGGUUCGAGAGCUUCGGCUAUAUGCCCGUAAGGAGGCGGCCAACGAGCUCCCGGGCUCGCGGAGCAUCGACAUCUACGCCCUCUUCAGGUGUUUGUCUCUGGAGAACAUUGUGCUCCUGUUUGAGUACGCAAUGUCUGAGGCACGCAUCAUCUUCCUUUCAUCCCACACCGGCAUGUUGCAUCUGGCCUGUCAUGCGUUGGUUAAUCUGCUAUACCCCCUGAAAUGGGCGAGCAUAUUCAUCCCCAUACUGCCCUCUCGGUUGAUAUCGGCUCUCGAGGCACCGUGCCCUUACAUUGUUGGGGUGGAGAGGCGGUAUGAGAAGAUUGAGCUUCCAGAAGACGAUUAUGUCCUCGUAGACCUCGAUAAGGACAGCAUCGACGCCACGGCGCAGCCCGUCAGCUUGCCGAGACAGCACCGGCGAAAGCUUCUUUCCCUUCUACAGGUGGCCGCGCCACACCGUCUCAGCUACGGCGUCGCCGCAGGGCCACCUCCUUAUGCGAUGGAAGCAUUCCCGUAUGAUGCCUUUUCAGCCGAGAAUGAAGCGCUAUUCAACCCGACCCCGAUGCCGAGCUCGCUGGGCAAGUGGGUAACACAAAACUCAACUACAUUUGGCGAACCGAAUGUGCCCGGCUCCGCUCGCACACCCAUCUUCAACGCCUUUGCUCAGGCGAAGGUCGACCACACCAAGGCCGAUCGGCCAACGACUUCAAAGUCGAGCAAGGGAAGCCCCCCUUCCUCCGUGUCUCCUAUCUCGAUGCACUUCCCGCCGAUGCCUACGACUCCCGUGUCACGUAGCGACUCUGGGUUUGCCGCAACUCUUCGAGAGAAGCGGUCAGGACAUUUCGAUGAGAAGUCCAGGCGCAGCUCGUCGUUUGGAAUGGAUAAACAUCACCCUUCCAUGGCGCACCGUCCAAGCUUGCCUUUCCUUAACGGGCACAGCCAGAAUCUGUCGAUAUCAUCGAUAUCGAUUGAAUCCAGCCCCUCGUUCGGAGGGUAUGCGCCCUCGACAUAUGCCCAGUCAACCAUCGCAGCCUCGACUAUCAUGCCAAACAUGGUGGUGCAGCCGGUGCACAACACGGAAAACACCGUCUGGGUGGAGGGUCACUGCUUCAAUUGGAGGACGUCCGAGGUCGACUCGUCUUGCACCAUCUGCGAGGAGCGAUCUGAAGGAGAUGGUCUCUACAAGUGCAGCGGGUGUAACUGCCUAGCUCACAACAGGUGCCUUGGCUUCGUGUCCCUGGUGUGCCCAGAGGCUUUCCACGCGGAGCGUGUUCGAGCAGCGUUUGUCCGCUGCCUGGCCAGCCUCCUAUACACAUAUCGGAAGCACCUCGGCCGGCCGACUAGGGAACAAAAGGCCAACGGUCAAUUGUACUCCUUUGACAUGGAUGGGUUCAUCCGGAGCCUGCCCUACGACCAACAGGAGUACGCCACGAUGAUGAGGGAUACACAAGCCUUUAAUGAAUUCAUCCACGAGCGGGAGCGCCACCCAGCUACAGAUCCGUCAAUCCGACUGUUUGACGAGAUCAUCCUAGCAAAGAAGGCCCGAGGUCGUCCGGCGUUUUCAGCGGGCCUGUCCCGCCUGUCAACGCUGCGGGUCUCGCAUGGCGCGUCUCCAGGCAUGAGUAUGGGCUUCGGCGGCGGCGGCGGCUUCGCACCCGCCUCGGCCUCCUCCCGCCACCCGGCAAAGAUACCCAGCUACCUCAGCGAUACGACGGACCACAUCUGGCGCACCGCUUCGGUACCCGUGCCAUCGUCGGCCAAGUUCCCCGGCGACUACAGAUCCGUCGUCACGCGCGUGCCACUCAAGCUCGAUCCGUCCCUGAUGAAGGAGCCCCGCGCGAUUCAAGGCGUGCCCCGGCCCGAGCAAGGCGGCAAGACGAGGAAGUUGAUUCGGAAGCAGGUCGCUAGUAUGCUCGGACCACCCACGGCGGAUUUCAGUGUCCCUUGA